AGACGACCGACGCAACGGAGAAGGAAGGCAACAUCGACAACCACCAUCAACGACGAUCCAAGACGGCGGCGACCCUGGUUUACUGCCUCGACGAAGUUCUCUCUGUGACGGACAGAGCAAGUCCUAGCUAGCUACUAGCAGCCAAUGUCUGCACGGUCUGCACGCUCGGUAUCUGAGGAGAUUCAUGAAGUGGAAGGAGACUGUACGGGCGGGGGAAGGAACGGUCUAGGGCCCUGAGCCAGCCAGCGAGUGAGCCACUCAAUAACUGAGUGAGUGAGUGACGUUUCCAUUGGAGGAGGAGGAGGAGGAGCACCCGCCCCCCCUCUCCCCUCUUACACACACACACACAGACGAACCGCGGAACCGACCGAAGAUCAUCAUCAACAUCGUCAUCAUCGUCAUCGUCGUCGUCACAAUAAUAAUAACAACAAGAUCAUCCCCACCUCAUCUUCGGGUCCCACCAGUCUGGACCACCGACCUCGCCUUCCAUCCGCGGGUUGGGACCGUUCAUCGCUUGGAUUGGGGGCAUGAGACGCGCGGGUCCUCGAGGAACCAUUCAUGGCAUCCUCGAGCUCGUCCUCUGAGCCCUCGUCGACCAGUAGAACGGCGAGGAAAGGAACCCGUGGUCCAGCGGCCAAGAAGCUGCCCAUACGGAACAUUGUCCCUCGUGAAUCCGAGACAACGUCGUCGUCGUCGUCGUUGGUGCACUCGACCAGUGAGUCCGCAGCCUCGACCGCGGCUCUAGAAGCGGCCAAUAGUGACGUGGCCGCCGUCUCGGCCCUUCAGUUGUUGUCCGCUAUUAAAACCGAGCCGUCCACCUCUGAAAUCCCGGAGCAGCUCCGACGUGAGCUCCUCGUGCGCCAACCCUCGUAUUACAAGAUCUUGAACGACCUCAAAGGCGCCGAGGAUAUGGCCAAGAGCGAGGCCAACUCCGAGGUGUCCACCUCGGAGGGCAGUAAUUCAGUACAAACUAUCACCAUCAAUGGACAACAAUAUCAGAUCGUGUCGGCUUUGGAAGGCAAUGCCGCGGGCGGAGCUAGUCCGCCCUCAGGGGGAAGUGUCAUUCAGUACGCAACCGCCACUCAAAAUGGACAAACCGUGUUCGUGCCCAGCCAAAAUUCUGUGAGCGCAGUCUCUUCGGCCGCAUCCUCGCCGCAGAUUGUGUCGGUGAUGGGCAGUCCGAGCGGGUCUCACCCGCGGGUAGCUCAGGACGCAGCUCGAAAACGCGAAGUGCGUCUCAUGAAGAAUCGGGAAGCCGCUCGUGAGUGUCGGAACAAGAAGAAAGAGUACAUCAAAUGUCUCGAGAACAGAGUGGCAGUAUUAGAAAACCAGAACAAGGCCCUGAUAGAGGAACUCAAGUCGCUGAAAGAGCUUUACACCGGCCAGAAGAGUUAGGACACGCGUGGUCCGCACGAUAUAUCACAAAGAAUACAAAGCUUAAGGUUCCCACGUGUAUCUUCUCUAGUUUGCUCAGGCCGAGGAAGUUUAAUGGUUGAAGCACAGUGACAAUGCACCCACCCAUUGACCCUCUCAAACAUGGCUUGUGCGUAAUGUGUUUGGUUGUACCUCUUUCUGAGGGGGUGACCCAUCCCGGUCGUCUCCUCGUUCAACACUCUCCAGUCAAUCCACCCACUUAGGCCUUGAAUUUGGCCCGACGUAUUUUCUUUUGCUCCCCAAAUCUGAUUUUGCGGAACACUUGGGAGCCACACCGAAAUGACCUUACACGCCCAGAUGUGUUUUCCUCUCACUAAAAUUCCCCACACCGCGCGUCCUCCUUCGCCUAGGAUCCUCCUCCCUUGAUCUUUGUCGUCCCUAGCUCCCCAUAGAAUCUUUAUGUGCUUAGAAUAACACUAUAUCAUGCAAAUCGAAACGAACAAAGUCGGAGUUUCAACAAAUAAUAAUAAAGAUAAUCCACCUGA